AUGACAGGCGGUGGCAAUCGGUUCACGUUGAACCCGUUCCCAGACCUCGUCUUGACUCCAGACGACCGGACGCAGCUCAAUGAGAUCGCUAAUGACUUGGUCCUGGAGAAGUUUGCCGAGUACCAAGAGCACUUGAACGCUCAAAAGUACGUCGACCAAAGGCGGUGGAAAUCGUACCAACGAGAUGGCAACACGACCAUGUACUUGGAACGGAAACCCGCAAGUCCUUUGGACUCGAAGCUCCCUGCUUUGCUCAUGGUCGGGCCCUUGCCCGGGACGCUGGACGAAAACAUGUUUGGCCUCGUGAGUCCGACGCUCGAAGCCAUGCGGAUCAAGUCGUCGUACCUGAAAGACUUUCACGCUGCGGCCGUGUUGGCGACGAUCGUCGAGCCUACAGAGAUGGAGCCCUUUCGCUCGCUUGUAGUCAAGUGGAUGGAGAUUGACAUCCCAAUGGCGUCGAUCGGGUUGGUGCGGAAUCGAGACUAUCUCUUCCUCGAGAGCACGGGCAUCAUGCGGCUCGAGAACGGGGAACGCGUGGGGUAUCACCUCAUGCAUUCCGUGAGCUUCCCACAGACCCAUGCCCUCCCGAACCGCGUGCGAGGGAAGAUGUCUUUCUGCGGCAUGUUUCACCAGGAAACGCCGGACAAGACAGACUGCCGCGGCACGGGGGUCAUGGACCCUGGUGGUGACAUGAUAAGGAUCCUCGGGGUCAUGGGCUUAGCCCAAGCGACUAUGGCGGGGCUCAAGUAUUCCUACUGUGGACAGAUGAAAAAGCUGGCCUGGUUGCUAGAGCAAAAGCAUCAGGAAGCUCGGGAGCAAGGCAUCCCCGCGGCGAAACCCGAGUGCGUAACGUGCAAGAAACCCGUGCCUCACCGCACAUUUGGGCGGGCAAGUCGAGUGUGUAAACUAUGCUUUGGCACGGUGUGCACGUCGUGCAAGAUUCCGAAGAAACUGAGCUUCAUUGCUCCUGACUUGGAGCUCAUGCAGCGCAAGGUCGAGUUCUGUGCGCGGUGUCUUAUGAAAGCUACGCAUAUGGAUACAGAAGAAGCGGCUCGCGUGCAAUUUGUCUACAAACACACGUCGUCGUCGAGUAUCUUUGGCUCGACUCGAUACUCGUAUGAUACGACGCACUCGGACAGCUCCAUGAGCGUAGGUGAGAAAUAA